AUGAGCCCGGAGACCUGGCCGCACUCCGCGGCUCGCACGGGGCUGCGUUCAGGCCAGGGACCGUGGGUUCGCCCCGGGUCCCCAAGCCGGGCCCGAGCGUGCGCGCGCGCGCCCCGCUGCCCGCAAUCAUGGCAGCCGGCGCCUCGGAGCGCAGCCGCCGAGCGCGCUCCGGCAGCCGCCUCGGUGCCAGGGCGGCGGGGGCGGGCCGCGGCCGGGGCGUGCGGGCCGCCGGGCGCGAAGCAGAAGGCUGAUGAGUCCCCGCGGCACGGUGCCCCCUACCCCGCGGCGGCAGGCGGCCCGGACCGCGCGGGCGGGGAGCCCCCGGGGCGGCGUGCCCACGGGGGCGCGCACGCGGGGCUGCGGGCCCAGGCGCGGGGCCCGGGCGGCGAAUCCGCUGCUCGCGCCGCCCGCCCCGCCCGCGCGCGCCGGCCCCGGGAGGAGGGUGCGCGGCGGAGGCGGGCACGGCCGGGGGCCCCGGGCGGCCUUGUUGGUAUUCCGGGCACAGCCGAAGCCCUGACCUCCCCGCGGAACAGGGGCGCCCGGGAGCGCGUCACGGCCGCUGCCCCCGGGCGGUCUCCUCGGGCUGCGGGGCCGUGCCAACUCCGAGACAAAAGACAUAAAAUAGGCGGCAACGGGGGAAGCGCGGCCGGCGCGCUCGGGCGGGGACGGAGGCGCCGCGGGGGCCGCAUCCUCGGUGCCGACCCGGGAAAGUUUGGGAAGUCGCCGCGGCGGCUUCGCAGCGGCGGGGGACACACGGGCCGGGCCGCCCUCCGCCCCGCGCUCGCCCUCUCCGCGCCGCUGCUGAAUAAUUCAUGGCGCGGCCGCCGGCCAUUAGCAUGCACCGGGCGCGCGGCGCGUCUGUGCCCAGCCGCCGCCGCCGCAUUCGGCGCCCCGGCCGCACUAGACGAGCGGCCGCGCGGAGGCCGGGCCCGCGUUGUCCCCGCGCUCGCCCGCCGGUCCGCCGGCCCGGCGGCUUUCAUUGUGCCCCGGGCCCGCGCCGCCCGGCCGUCCGGUGACCGUCCGCACCCCGCAGCGCGCCCGACGGCCCGGCGCUGGAAGUUCGGGCCCGCGGAGCCCGGCCGCCAGCCCCGGGAUGCACGUGAACUUGGAGAAAGUCGCGGGGCGCGCCGGCGCGGACCUCCGCUGCAGGGCGUGGGCGUCCCCGGCCCCGCGCGCUUUCGUUUUCGUCCGGGACAAAGGUCCCUCGCGGCGCAGGUCGCGGACGUGGAGAUCGUGUCCUGCGGGCCAUUCUGCGGGGAGGUCCGGUCGUUCAACACAGGGAAGCCGGAGCCAGGAGAAGUGGAGCAGCGCGGUCCGAGGCGCGGCGCGGGACCAGGGGAGUGGGGCCUGGCCGUGCGCUUCGCCCGCGCCGUCCCGGAGCUGUCGCGCCCCUGCCACGAGUUGUGGGACAUGGCACCGCUUUGCUCUCUGCCCUUUCGCUGCGUGAAGGAGAGAAUCACUUGGAACCCACGACUCAGACCGAUGGCCGAGGGCCUGUGCAGCCGUGGGCACGAUAGCGCAGCGCCGGCUGCGUCCGGGCGCGUCCCUCCGGCAAGGGCAGAGCGCCCCUGUCUCGAUUGGGUUCACUCUCGAUUCUUGAGGCCGAACAUGGCUGGUCCCAGAGCACCCCCGAGAAAGUGCACACCUGUCGUGGCCUUCAAAAGACGCUCCAGGACCACACGGCCAGGUGGACGGUGUUUGCCCUGCGUCUGGGUGGUGAGGCAGCCCAGGAGGUAUCACCCCUUCGUCCCGGCACCCUGGUCCCUGGCUGACAUCUGGAACGUGGACGACCGUGCCACCCUCAGGUCAAGAAGUGGCACUGAGAUGGGAGCGUCUAUCCGAGGCCAGCCUUACUCAACGGUGAGCCGAGCGUUAGGGCGGGGCCGUCCCCGCCCGCGGGGACACCUCACGGCUGUCCCACUCUUCCCAGCCCAGCCAGAACCCACAGGAGGCCUCGCCCUGGGCCCUCGUGCAGGAGACAGGCCCACCCCUGGCCUCGGUGUGGGUGCACGGCCACUCCUGCUGAAUGCCCAGAGAACUGUCACAGGACACAGGACAGCACAGGGUGUCUGCAUGGAAGAGGAACGCAGGCCCCGCCUCCCUGUGCGCCGCGAGGGCCCGUCGCCCCCUUUUCUCCAGUCCUCCGCUGCGAUCCUAAUUCACAGGCCGCUGAUAUCGACCUGAGACGCACACGGGAGAUGCCUCUGGGAGCCAUGAUGUCCCUCCAGGCGCCGAGACUGACGGCCCUUUGGGGUGAGGUAGUAGGUUGUAUAGUUUGGGGCUCUGCCCUGCUAUGGGAUAACUAUACAAUCUACUGUCUUUCCUGAAGUGGCUGUAAUAUCGACAGUGGACAGCAUCCAGGACCCUGG